AUGGAUGAACAGUACGAUGUCAUUGUGCUCGGCACUGGCCUGACCGAGUGCAUUCUGUCUGGUGUUUUCAGUGUCGAAGGAAAGAAGGUCCUCCACAUCGAUCGACAGGACCACUACGGAGGAGAGAGCGCGAGUUUGUCUCUUACUCAGAUCUACGAGAAGUACCGUCCCGGCGAGCAACCCCGUCAAAGCUUGGGCCGUGAUCGUGACUGGAAUAUUGAUCUGAUUCCCAAGUUCUUGAUGGCUAACGGAGAGCUGACCAAUAUCCUUGUUCACACGAACGUCACCCGCUACAUGGAGUUCAAGCAGAUCUCAGGAUCGUUCGUCUACCGCGACGGCAAGAUCGCCAAGGUGCCCUCCAACGAAAUGGAAGCCAUUCGCUCCCCACUAAUGGGUCUGUUUGAGAAACGCCGCAUGAAGCGCUUCUUCGAGUUCAUUGGAAACUACGAAGAGGGCAACCCUUCCACCCACCAGGGCUUGAACCUCGACCGCAACAGCAUGAACGAGGUCUACACCAAGUUUGGUCUCGAGUCCGGUACCAAGGACUUCAUCGGUCACGCAAUGGCUCUCUACCUCGACGACGACUACCUCACCAAGCCCGCGCGUGAAACCGUCGAGCGCAUCUUGCUGUACGUCAAGUCGAUGGCCCGCUUCGGCAAGUCGCCCUACCUUUAUCCGCUUUACGGCUUGGGCGAGCUUCCCCAGGGAUUUGCGCGUCUUUCAGCAAUCUACGGUGGUACCUACAUGCUCGAUAAGCCCGUUGAUGAGAUCGUCUACGAAGACGGCGUCGCUGUCGGCGUCCGUUCCGGGGACGAGGUUGCGCGCGCAAAGAUCAUCAUCGGUGACCCGACUUACUUCCCGACCAAGGUGCGCAAGACCGGCAAGGUCAUCCGCGUGAUCUGCGUUCUCACCCGCCCGAUCCCCAACACAGACAACGCCGACUCGCUACAGAUUGUGAUUCCACAGAACCAGGUCGGCAGAAAGCACGACAUCUAUAUCGCGAUGGUGUCCACUGCCCACAACGUCUCGUCCAAGGGCCACUAUCUCGCGAUCGUCUCCACCAUCUGCGAGACAGACAACCCGCUGAACGAAAUCACGCCGGCGAUGCACCUGCUCGGUCCUGUGCUGGAGAAAUUCGUCGGUGUCGAGGAUCUGUUGGAGCCCAUCGACGAUGGCACCAAGGACCACGUCUACAUCUCCAAGAGUUAUGACGCGACCAGUCACUUUGAGACCACGACCGACGACGUCAAGGAUAUCUACGAGCGGAUCGAGGGUAAGCCUUUGGUUCUCAAGCAACGUCCUGCAGAUGAUGAAGAGAAUUUUACCGCGUUUGAGUAA